AUGGAAGGACAUUCCAGAUAUAAACAAAGUGUAAACUACAAAGGAGUCAUUUUGAGAGCCUUUGAGCAGUUCAGACUGAAAUCAUGUAUUGACUUUAAGCCCAGAACAGCAGAAGACAUUUCUUACAUCUCUGUGGAGAGUCGUGAAGGGUGUUGGUCAUAUGUCGGUCGCACAUCUCCUGGAGCUCAGACUCUUUCCAUUGGAAUUGGCUGUGGAACAAAAGGCAUUGUUGAGCAUGAGUUUCUCCAUGCACUGGGAUUUUGGCAUGAGCAGUCAAGAUAUGACAGAGAUGAUUAUGUGACCAUCAACUUUACAAAUAUCAUUACAGGGAAGAAGAGCAAUUUUAACAAAUACAAUAAGAACAUUUCCACCACUCAAGACACCCCAUAUGACUACUACUCUGUGAUGCAUUAUAAUAAAAAUGCCUUCAGCAACGGUAAUGGAUCCACAAUCAUUACCAAGCGUCCUGAGCUCCAGGAUGUGACUGGUCAACGCUUGGACAUGAGUGAAUAUGAUGUGAUUGAACUCAACAAAUGCUAUAAAUGCAAUUCGUCCGUCUCUUUCCUUGAUCACUGUAGUUUUGAUGAUGAUUCUCUGUGUCAAAUGAGCGUCUGUUCUGCUGCUGAUUAUGGCUGGAAGAGAGUGACGUCAGUGAGUGGCAUCAGUGUGACUGACCACACAUACUUGGGCAAAGAACAAAAUGGUGAGAUCUGUUACAGUCAGUCUGUGGAUAAAAGGACGUCUUUCUUCAUCCACUUCAGCACUAAGGGGGGGAAUAAAGGGGAUGCCAGAAUGGAGAGCAAGACAAUGACCCCUAAAAGAGACUGCAAAGUUCAGUGCCUGCAGUUCUACUACUAUCACAGUGGUCAUGAGUCUGACCAGCUCAACAUCUGGAUCCGAGAGUACCAGAAUGAAACAGACAGCAAAGGAACUCUCAGGCUUAUGGAUCAAAUCACAGGACCCCCUGGUAAAUACUGGAAGCUGCAUCAUGUGCCACUGAAUGCAAAUAACCAAGUUGUAUUUGAAGCCCGUAAAGGAGCUGGAAACUCCAGUGGAGGAUUUUCACUGGAUGAUAUCAAUAUUUCAGAGACUGAGUGUCCCCAUACAUGGCAGAUAAGAGACUUUGAGAAGAUUAUGAACAACAGUGUGUUUGGAACUGUGAUGUACAGUCCGUUGUAUUACUCCAGUGAUGGCUAUCGCUUUCAGGCUGGCUUAGUUGUGUAUCAGAAUUAUCUUUUAAUAUAUGUUCGUCUGGUAUCUGGUGUAUAUGAUGACCAGUUGCAGUGGCCUUGUCCAUGGAGACAAAUAACCGUCCAGAUGUUUGACCAGAACCCACACAUACAGAAGCGCAUGUCCUCUGAGAAAAGCAUCACCACUAAUCCUGCUUUGGCUUCUUCCAAUGUCAGUUAUUACUGGGACAAUCCUCGAAAAGGUGGAAAUCAAGUCAUCAUCAGCAAUGAGUCUGUGUUUGUGGGUACUUGGACUCAUUCAUAUAAUGUAAGAAGAGAUGAUCUCACUGGAAGAGAGUUUAUCAAGGGUGGUGACAUCAUAUUUUGCUUCAGCAUUCAAGAUAUCUCAGGGCUUCUUCAGAAUCACUCUCUACCCUGCCCUAAAGUGACAGUGAAAAACUUCAAUGUUACUUCUGAUGCGAGUGCACAACAGGAAUCAUGUGCUCCAAGACUUUUUCCUACACCUCAGAUGACCUCUACAACAACAACAAAAACAACAACAACAACAGCAGCAACAACAACAAGAACUAUAACAGGAACUCCAACUACACCAGGAACCACUAAGGGUGUUCUUCCUACACCUCAGAUAACCUCAACAACUAAAACAACAACUAGAGGAACCACUGAAGGUGAAUGUGUGGACAUAUUUUGCAAUUCCAGUGCCAAGACGGCUUCCUCUCUGAUCAUCUUGGUGGUUUGCUUUCUUUUGCUAUUGAGUUAAUCAUGAGAAAACAAUAUUUUCAGCCCUAUAUAUCUGACUACACAAGAGUUCACAAGAAUUGCAUCUUUCUUCAGGUUUUUUUUUCUAUAUGUGUAUGAGCAGUAAAUGUGUAUUGUUAUUAAAGAAGCUGCACAGAUUACAUGUAUACUCAUUUAUCUACGAUCAAUGUUAAUCUUGGUGUUAAUCACAGUGCUUACCAAUUUAUUGUUAAGCUCAUUCAUAAAUGUAUGAGAGGUUAAAGUAAAUAUUUACCAUAUGUGAUUUUUUUUU